UUACUGAUUCACUACAAUUUAAUUGUUAAAGUAACAGUCAAGAAGCCUCUAUGUUACCUCAGGCAGAAUUUGUAAUUAGUUUGUUUUUAUUAGAUCUAGUAAAAUGUCAAUUACAAUUUAACUUUACUUCAACAACAUUACGUAGUACGACUAUAAAUGAUCUUAUAUUCUAUAAUCCCGAAGUGCUAUGUAAAUUGCAACCCAUUGCAUAUGAUUGUAAUAAAAGCGGUUAUAAUAUACCUCGAUAUUAUUAUGACGUCAAAUUAGAAGAUUGUAAAGCGGGUUCAUUCGGCAAUGAUUGUGAAUACAAUUUUAAUCAAUUUAAAUCUAUAAAAGCAUGUCACAGCACUUGUCGACUGUCAGGUUUAGACCCCAUCGAUUAUAAGCUUCCAUUUGAGAUAUCUUGCAGACUACAACCUGAUUUUGGCAUGUGUAAUAGCUAUCAUCCUAUGUGGUACUUCGAUAUGACAACGAGGACUUGCAAAGGUUUCUCGUACAGCGGUUGUGGAGGCAAUAUGAACAGGUUUCAAAGCAGUCGUCUCUGUACCAAACGAUGUCGAUCACUUGUUGAAUGAUUUUAUUAAAUAAAGGUUUGUGUCA